GUCAGAGACGUUACGCCGCGAUUGAACACUGGAACACACCCGCCGCUCUGUUGUCUUAUGUGGGAAGCUAGCUUGGCUGUUAACCACUAACACUAUGGAUACAAAUUAAUUCAUUUCUCUUAAUUAUUUCCAAAAAAAAGAAAAAAAAUCAAAUAUAAAUAAUAAGAAACACAUCAUCACCAUGGACAAGUGAACAAGUUCGCCUCAACAUUUGUUCCCAUUUGAACUUGAAAUAUUCUAUCUAUCGAUUUUCUUUGGAAUUGUUCAUAAGAUGGCAAAAAAAGAGAAACUAAGUGAACAACGCAAAACUAAUAAUACUUGAAUGAAUUGUGAAUUCUUUUGUUCCUCCAAACAAAAAACCAUAACAUAGACUCAAGUGUAAAAACUUUCGGAAAACCCUGAACCCCUACCACAAAACAACUAUCCAUGUACACCAACCAAUAUUAAAUUUGCAAAUUUAAACAAUGCCAAAUAUAGAAACAAAAAUUCUUUCACCCAAUUUUUUGCAUAAAGCAUUAAGUGAGGCCAAAAGAUCAUUCACACGCUCCAACACAGAUCUUUGUCGUCGUCACAGCUGGGCAAGGGGAGCUGCUUCCAUCACCACAACCACCAACAGCAACAGCAGCAGCAGCAGCACUUGUAAUAAGCAUCCCGAUGACAGCAUGGAGCUCGCUCAUAGUUUGUGUUUAAACGAAGAGGCGCUCAAGCAAUUGCCUGAGCCAAAACGAUCUGUAUUCAUAUUUGAAUGGUUGGGCUAUUUGGAGAAGACAUUACAGACCGUUGAUCGCAAUGAGAUAAAGACAAACCAAAAGAAAUUGGUGCAACAGCUAACGGCUCAAAUCAAUGGAUCUCCGGGACCGCCAACGCGCAAGCUAUUGGCCAGUUGCUUGGCCACACUCUUUUCGGUGGGCGACACAUUUCUGUUAUUCGAUACAGCAAAUGCUUGCAAUGACAUCUUGAAGAAUAAGGAUGACUCGCCCAGUUACCUGCCCACCAAAUUGGCUGCAAUAUGUGUCUUGGGGUCUAUGUAUGAGAAACUGGGACGCAUGAUGGGACGUUCGUAUGAGGAGACUGUCAGUUUACUGCUACGCACCUUAAGAAAUGCCGAAUCCCAGGCACGAGUUGAAAUCAUGAUUACCCUGGAGAAGGUUUGUGCCGGCAUGGGCACCGCCAUUGCCAAUGUUCACAAGGAUAUCUAUAAGGCUACUAAACAUUGUCUAACCGACCGUGUUAUGGCUGUACGAGUUGCUGCCUCCAAGUGCAUAUUGGAGAUGAUACAACAUGCUCCGUUUCUAUACCAAACUGAGUUGGAAAGCCUGCCCGCCUUGUGUUUUCGCUCAUUUGAUGGCAGCAACUAUGAGGUUAGAUGUGCUGUGGCCAAAUUAUUGGGCACUCUAUUGGCAUUUACACAACAGCAGCAGAAUGAGCCCAACAAUAAAAAGCUCUCUGUGCAACCAGCUAGUCAAUCGUCGAAAUCUUCCAUGCGCACUGUAUCGCUUGAUGAGACUUUGAAUAUUCUUAUGUCUGGAUUUUUACGAGGUGGUGGUUCAUUCCUCAAGGGCACUGGAGAAAUAAUCAAGGGCAGUUCCAGUGUUAAUCGCGAAAUUCGUGUGGGUGUUACCCAUGCCUAUGUGGUGUUUGUCGACUAUAUGGGCAGUGUUUGGCUAGAGCGUAAUCUAACGGUUUUCCUUUCACAUAUCCUUGAUUUGGUGGCCAAUCCUAAGGCGGCUUCAUCACAUGUGGAUGCUGUGUAUUCCAGAAAAUGCAUCAACUUCAUUCUUCGCUCCGUUUUGGGCAAGAUGUUGGGCGAGAAGGCGCAAACGUCGGCCUGCAAGGAGCUGGUGUUUAUGAUAGCCAAGCAAAUGAACUCCAUCGAUUUUAAUCCGGAAAACGCCAAAGACUCCAAUCAGGAGACACUAUUUAGUCAACACUUUUUGGUGUGUGCUUUGCAGGAAUUGGGUUCCUUGGUUUUGGGUCUGGGUACAACGGCACAAAAUCUGUUAGCCGAUCAGACCUUGAAUGCCAUCGAUACCACAUGUGCGGUGCUGGUGCAUCCCAGUGCAGCUGCAAGAUUGGCUUCGGCCUGGUGUUUAAGAUGUUUCUGUGUGGCGGUGCCCAGUAUGAUAACCCCUCUAAUUGAUCGUUUUGUGGAUGCCUUGGAACAGAUGCGUUCAUCGCCCGAAGCAAUUGCGGGAUAUAGUUGUGCUUUGGCCGCUAUAUUGGGUAGUGUGCGCUACUCACCGCUGGGCAUUCCCCAUACCAAAGGCAAGGUUGUAUUCAAUGCGGCCGAAGAGUUGCUGCGUUCAGCCUCACAAAAUAGUAGAAUGUCUUUGAAUCGCACCCAGGCUGGUUGGCUUUUGAUAGGCGCCAUAAUGACUUUGGGCUCUCCCGUGGUCAAAGGUUUACUACCACGUCUAUUGCUUUUAUGGCGGCACUCAUUCCCCCGAUCCAACAAGGAAUUGGAGUCUGAAAAGGCUCGAGGAGAUUCCUUCACCUGGCAGGUGACUUUGGAAGGAAGAGCGGGAGCAUUAUCGGUGAUGCAUAGUUUCCUAGUAAAUUGUCCCGAGUUGGUGACAGAGGACAUAACCAAACGUCUGAUGACUCCCAUUGAAAGCGCUUUGGCUAUGUUGGUAAACCUAUCUUCGGUGCUGAAGAGUUAUGGCACACAACUUAAGGCACCUGCUGCCAUGGUGCGCUUGCGCUUGUAUGAGACCUUGUCACAGCUACCAGCCAACUCCAUGGAAUCUUCGUAUACCCAUUUGCUGCGCAUGCUUAUAUCCGAAUUCACUUUGGCGGAGAAUCCAGCAAACACCACCAAUUCCCAAUUGAGGGGUCUAUGUCAUGCAGAGGACUCUGUGAUUAUGGGCACUUGGUUACAAGAAACCGAUCAUCGCAUUAUAGAAGAUCAGAUGGAACCGAAUCGUAGAUGGGAUGGCGAUCAUCUUCAACCUAAUAGUGCUGCUGGUUCGGGGGCCUUGGAACAUGAUCCAUGUUGCCUGUAUAGAAGCACAGUGAACACCUCGUCGGUCACCAUGAAUGGAGCCUAUGGCUAUAAGGCUGACCAAUGUCCUGGACCUCUGCCCUUGGGUGUGGCCAUAAUUGAUAUGUCCAUUAAUCUGUUUGGCUUGAUUUUCCCCAAGGUGGCCAAUAAACAUCGCCUGCAAAUGUUGGAUCAUUUUGCCGAAUGCAUAAAGCAGGCAAAGAGCAGUCGUCAGGAGGCUGUACAAAUGAAUAUCUAUACGGCCCUUCUGUGUGGCCUUAAGGUGCUAACAGACAGCAAAUCGGCUUUGGGACAAGAAGAUGUGCGCAAAAGUUUUACCACUUUGGUGACCUCUGGUUUGAUUAGUUCCAACUCUAUGCUAAGAUGUGCUUCGGCCGAAGCUCUGGGCAGGUUGGCCCAAGUUGUGGGAGAAUCGCGUUUCACCGCUGAAUUGGCACAAAUUUCCUUUGACAAAUUGAAAUCAGCGCGCGAUGUGGUGACCCGCACUGGACAUUCCCUAUCUUUGGGUUGUUUACAUCGUUACGUUGGAGGCAUGGGCUCAUCUCAGCAUUUGAAUACCAGUGUUUCCAUUUUGUUGGCCUUGGCCCAAGACAUUUCCUCGCCAGUGGUGCAGUUAUGGGCCUUGCAUGCUUUGGCCCUUAUAGCAGAUUCCGGUGGACCCAUGUUCCGCAGUUAUGUUGAAGGCACUUUGACUUUGUGUCUCAAGCUACUGCUUACCGUGCCGCAAUCAUAUGUCGAUGUGCAUCAAUGCAUAGGGCGGGUAUUGAAUGCUUUGAUAACCACCAUGGGUCCAGAGUUACAGGGCAAUGCUGGUCCCAUAGUCAAAAUGCGCCGAUCAUUCCUGUGUGCAGCUUCUAUUAUGCAUGCCCACUCAAAUCCCUUGGUGCAAGCUGAGGCCACUGGCUGCAUACAGCAGGUACAUCUUUUUGCCCCUGGCAGUGUUCACUUGCCCUCGCUGGUACCCACACUGGUGCGCAAUUUAUCCUCCAACUAUUUGACACAACGCAAGGCAGCCGUCUCUUGCCUACGCCAAUUGGCCCAUCGUGAAGCCAAGGAAGUUUGCGAUCUGGCCCUCUCAAUUAAACCGGACGAUUGUCCCAAACUAGUCAUUACGGAAUUUGGUCUUCCUGGCAUUAUAUUUGCCAUGUUGGAUUCAGAAACUGACAUUGAGAUGUUAAAGAAUAUCCAUGACACCCUGACAUCCAUGCUUCAGCUAAUGGCCGCUGAAAGUCUCAGUGCCUGGCUGAGUUUGUGUAAAAACGUGCUAACAGUUGCUGUGGAAAAUUCUCCACUUCCUGAGGACAUUGCGUUGGCUUCGAAGACUGCAGAUGGCAAUGCAAAAACAGGCACCACAUCCUCCACUGCGGGGGCAAAUAAAUCCUCCAACAAUGAUGAGGACGAUGAUGAUGAAGAGGAUGAUGCCGAUGAUGUCACCGAAUAUCAUGCCACAGAGAAUUCUUCCACACAUCCGGCGGUGCAACCACGCUGGACUACUAGGGUUUUUGCGGCACAAUCGGUUAGGAAAAUAAUGUCGGCCUGUGAAUCGGAUACGCCCAUACAUUUUGAUUUGUUGCAAGCCAAGGAAAUGCAAAUGACCAAAUCCAGUGGCGAUUAUUUGAUACUUCAUCUUUCGGAGCUAAUACGCAUGUCCUUCAUAGCGGCCACCUCGGAUUCCGAUCAAUUGCGUUUGGAGGGUUUGAGAACCUUGCAGGAGAUAAUCGAUCGCUUUGCAAAUGUGCCAGAGCCAGAAUUUCCGGGCCAUUUAUUAUUGGAACAAUUUCAGGCUCAGGUUGGUGCUGCUCUUCGUCCCGCUUUUGCCCCAGAUACCCCUUCGCAUGUAACUGCAGCUGCUUGCGAAGUUUGUUCUGCUUGGAUUGGCUCGGGUGUGGCACGUGAUCUCAAUGAUCUGCGCCGAGUCCAUCAGCUAUUGGUGUCUUCUCUGAAUAAAUUGCACACAAAAACCAACAGCACCCAAUUAUUCAACGAGUCCAUGACAACUCUGGAGAAACUCAGCAUCUUAAAGGCUUGGGCAGAAGUUUACAUUGUGGCCAUGAUUGCAAAUAAUUCAUCACCAGCCGCUUUGUUGCAAAAACAAUUAACAAAUGCCAAUGUCAUACCAACUCUGACCAUCGAUGAUGACGACAUCAGUGGCGGUGACACAGACAAUGAUAAAAAUUUCGAAAGUCUCUUGUCUUUGGUUAAGCCGGAACUGGACAAUCUCUCCACCCAUUGGCUAGAUGCCAUGAAGGAUCAUGCAUUACUACUUUUACCGCCAGAAUUUCAAAGUCAAUUACCCCACGAUGGGGGAGCAUUUUACACACCAGACACCAUUAAUUCAUCAAAACCCCAUUACUUGGCCUCAUGGCCUCCAAUUUUGUAUGCCGCCUCAUUAUGGCUCAAAGACGAAGGAUUUCAGUUGCAUUUAGAAUCGACGACCGCAGCAAACAACAACGAGGCAACAAACGCUGCGGAUAAUGCCUCCUUUGAGGCCAACAACAACAUAUCGCAUGGCUCACUGUCAGCCGAUCGUUUCCACAUGAUUUUCGGCAUAUGCAUGGAGGCCCUGUGUAGUGCCAGAACCUCAGAGAAACCCAAGAAUGUCAUUAGCUGCUUGCAAUCCAUGUACACCAUAUUCGAUUCGCAAUGGGCCCGCAGACAAUUGGUGAAAGACAAAGUGCUGACGAUAGAAUUGUGCAAUGUACUGCAUAGGCAAAUCUUAACCAGCGAUGAUCUCUUUGUGCAAUUACUUUGUAUUGAAAUACUCAAGCAAUCCGUACGAGCUUCCAAGGAGCAGUUAGAAGAGAAACGAGACGAAUUUUUGGAACAGCAUAAGAACAACGAAAAUACCGAUAAUAUAUCGCUUCAAGAGCAAAUAGAUCAAAUGGGCGAGGGUGGACCGUCGGGAGAAAUAACCCCCGGCUCGUCCCACAUCUAUGCCGUGUUGGAAGUUUGUCUCUGCUUGUUUGUACGACAAAUACCCACCAUGAAUCCCGGUGCUGCUAAUACAGUGCAAUUUCGUCAGGACCUAAUAGCCAAAACUGCUUUGAGCUCCCAAUCGUUUUUCAAUAAAUUGGGUGAAGAUAAUGGUCGUUUGGUGGCAAGUGCAUUGGAAUGUGUAGAGGAGUUAACCACAUUAUGUGCGCCCAAAGGCGCUUUGGCCAUUUUACCCACCAUCCUGUAUAUCACCACAUCGAUAAUAAAGGAAAUAGCAAAUAAAUCAGUUAUAGACUCCACCAUAUUGGCAAACACAGUGGCCAUAAAAUCGGCUCUACAUGCCCUAGAGUCCAUAUGCAAAGAUAAAUGGUCCACUCAUUCUGCAGUGGCCAGUGAAUGGCAAGAGUUGCUGCAGAGCUCUUUGGCCACCAUUGUGGAUUUGACUAAAACAGCUGGUGGAGAUAAUGACGAUCGCAAAAUGGAUGAGGUCACCAUGCUAAAAGCCAUUGCCGUUUUCAUACUUCACACGCCAGCCACUGUUGUGUCCACACCCUCGCUGCAAUAUCCAUGUAUCAAUCAUUUCCGCCAAUAUCUGCAGUCGGACAACAUGUCGGUAAAAUUGAAAUGCAUACAAUCGGCCCGUUUGAUAUUUUCCAAUUCGGAGCUGAAAGUCUCAACACCCUAUAUACAUGCGUUGGCGCCACGAAUCAUAGAAGGCCUCUAUGCGGAAAAUGCAAAAUUACCCCGCACCGAAAUGGAGUUGCAAAUAAUUUUGGAAAGUAUAAUAACAGUGGAGGCGCUUAUACAACUGGCAGAGCCACAAAACCGCAUACAAAUGUUAACCCUCUUGGUACCGGUACUCAUCAAUUACUUGGCCGAGCCGGCCAAGUUGAGGAAUUUGCCCAAAUAUCAACGUCAAUUGCAUGAGCAAUCAUUACAGUGGUUAAUGAAAAUCGGCCCCAAAUAUCCACAAGAAUUCAAAUCACUCAUGGGCACAUCGCCAGAGUUGCGACAAAAACUGGAAGCCGCUGUCCGAUGUCAACAACAAACAGCAGCCAUUGCAAAUCGUGUACAAACUGCCCAAGCACGAAAUGGUUUGGAGAAACAACAGAAACCCACAAUAAAACUGAAAACUGAUUUUAGUAAUUUUCAAUAAGAUCCCAGAACCCUACCACCACCAACCCCUUCCUACUAGCUUCUUUCCUAGAGGAAAGUAAAUCCAUAUUAUCCCAAAAAUCCCUAAAAUCCCGCCGCAAAAGAACUGUGCAAGGCAAAGUGAUGAUGUUGGCAUUAAAUAUUAAGAGAUAAUUUAUAGCCCCUAGUUAUUACUAAUUUUAUUACAAACUAAUAAUGGCAUACUCGUACAUACACCUAACUGCAUACCCACACUAUAUACGAUAAACAUAUUUAUUGUUGUUGCUUAUUACCAUAAUAACAGCGCUACAUUGUCUUUUUAAACGGAGUAAAAUGGAAAUGGAACAAACCGAAAAACCAACAGCAUUUUAAAUCAGCUAAAUACUCAGAAGUAAGAAUAAUGUAUUUAGUGUUUUAUUUGGCAUAUUAGCCUCAAGAAAUGUAUCUCAUUGUUGUUACGUUAAAAGAAAAAAAGUUUAAUUGCAAAAAUAUAUUAAUAGAAUUAAUAUUAACACAAUACUAA